AUGCCGGAUAACUUAGCUCACAUCGUCUCUCAGACCCGGCAGAACGUCGAACAUCUCGUGGCCGAAGGACAACUCUCGCGAUCGGACGGGAAUGUCAUCCUCAACAGACUCCCUACCGCCAGCGAUGUAUCUGUGCGAGCUCUGUCGGACAGUACGCGAAGGCUAGUGAUAUCUGGGAACUCCACUUCGCUAUCUCGGAUGCCAGCGGGAUUCAACAACCGCUCCGCAACACCGCCGGCACCAGCGCCCACUAGACGCACUCAGCCAGCGAAGGCGCUAUGGUCUUACAACGAAGAUGGAGCGGAGCCGAACGACCUCUCAUUUCGAGGUGGCGACAUCAUCGUGAUUACAGACGAGACGAACGCGGACUGGUGGACAGGUCAACACAACGGCCGCGAGGGCCUCUUUCCCGCUAACUUCGUCGAGAAGAUAACCCGUUCUUCGUCGUCACCCGCUCGGGCUGCUGCCAGUAGCCGUGCCAUUCCCGCCCAAACCCCGACGCCACCCAGCAGCGCUGGAUACGCAUCUCCUCCCCCUCAAACCCCGGGGUACGGAGCUCCCCCACCUCAGGGAUACGGAGGUCCACCUCCACCUCAAGCUUACGGCGGCCCGCCUCCCCCGCAGAACUACGGACCACCGGUGCAAUAUCAGCCAUAUCCUCCGCCGCAACCGCCGCCGCCUCAAGGGCAAGUCGUCGUAGUGGAGGCUCCCCAGCAACAGUCGCGCGGCUUCUUCAGUGGCGGAGGCGGUGGAGGCGGUAGUGGUUUCGGCAGUCUGUUGGCAACUUCGGCGGUCGGUGGUCUCGGGUUUGGCGUAGGCGCGGGCAUCGCUGAAAACGUCGUCGACGCCAUCUUUUGA